AAAGAAGGCUACAAAUUUCGAGUCGGGAAAAUUCUAUUGCAUAUUUAAAGGUGCAUCUAGUAACUGUCUCCCGUUAGUGCGCCCUAAUAUAUUAUUUGUAAGCUCCUUCAUCGCGGAUUAUAACUUAUUUAGCAUUUCUUGAGUUUUGGAAACUGGUCGCUUGGAAUUAAAUUUAAACUUAGACUUGCACUUGGACAAUGAUGCCGCAUCUAAAGUUGCCCGAUGUUGUUGGUGCGGCUGCUGGUUUCGCUGUAAUUUGAUUUGGUGCCACUUGGCUAGCUGAUCUUGUUGCCAUAUUGCUGUUGCUGUUGGCCAGAAGUUGCUGCAGUCGCAGUUGCAGGAGGGGAGGAGCAGCAGCGUUACAGUUCGGGAAAAUCGGUCAAUGGAAACGGGCUUGUAAGCAGGUGCAAUCGCUUGCAGAGCCACAAAAUAGAAAACCCAGAGGCCAGGAGAGAUUGGAGCCGCAGGCAUGUCGCUUAAGAAAGAGACGCCAUCGGAUGUGCAACUGCACAUGGCAGCCAUGCGGGGAGAUGAGGUGGCCCUUCUUCGAGUUCUGGACAGCGGAAAAGUCCAUGUCGAUUGCAAAGAUGAGGAUGGAACAACCCCAUUGAUCUUGGCUGCUGCCGGAGGUCACACAUACUGCGUAAUGGAGCUGCUCGAUCAGGGUGCCGAUCCUAACUCGCGUCGUCUCACGGGAACCACGCCCCUUUUCUUCGCCGCCCAAGGCGGUCACCUGGACGUGGUGAAGAUCCUGAUGAAGGCGGGGGCCAGUGUGGACACGCCCUCUGCCGAUGGGGGCACGCCCCUUUUUGUGGCAGCCCAAGGAGGUCACGUGAAGAUUGUACGCGAACUUUUGGAUUGCGGAGCAAAUGUCAAUGCCCACAUGAAGGAUCGUGCCACGCCGGUAUUUAUCUCCGCCCAGAAUGGCCAUCGCACAGUUUUGUCCCUGCUGAUUCAGGCUGGUGCGGAAAUCGAUAUCAAGCGGAUAGACGGCGCCACGCCCCUUUGGAUAGCCGCCCAGAUGGGCCAGGAUCACAUCUGCAAGGUGCUGCUGCAGAAUGGCGCCAAUGUGGACACGGUGCGCUGCGAUGGCGCCACGCCCCUUUUCAAGGCGGCCCACAAGGGUCACGCCGCCGUCAUCACGGUGCUGCUCAAGUAUCGACCCAAUCUUGGCCAGCUGCCCAAUGGAGAGAGUGCUCUGCAUGCCGCCGCCAUGUUUGGCCAUCUGACCGUCUGCAAACAACUGGUGGCAGCAGGCAGUGAUGUCCUGCUGAAGAACCAGGAUGGUCUGACGGCCCUCCAGUUGGCGCACCAGCAGAAGUACACCUCCAUCUGUGAUUAUCUCCAGGAACGGAUCCGGACAAUGGUGGCGCGAAGCGCCAAGGCAAUGGUCACGUCCGGAGUACCGUCCACGGUCAAGACGAUGUCGGCGUAAGGGGUUGCGAGAUUUUGAGAGACCACGCCUCCAAAGUACCUUUAUGCACAAUACCUUGGCCUUUUUGCAUAUGUCUAGAAAAGAGGCAAGGCGGAAGAGUGAUAUCCCGGACACUGGGCAAUCGAUGGGGAGUUCAGAAGAAACCCAUAUAAUAAAACUGGAGGCUAGGUGAACAAGUAAGAUACUUGGGUGUGCCAAAGAAAUCACUAGAGUUUUGAAAUCGCCCUUAAGGGUGUCUAAAAGUAUGCAGUACAAAGUAUACCGUUGCAUACUUUCAAGCACCUAUGUAUUUAAGAAACCCUAGUGAUUUGUGUCACACCCCCGAUAAGCUUACAAUAAACCUCCAAUAAGCCCCAACUUGUAUUGCUCAGUGAAACACUCAAUCCCGCACAAAAAAUAACCAAAUUAAAUGAAAUCACUAGUAAAAACACGUCCAAACUAAACUUAAUGGCCUCCCCCAAGGAAACCAAACUAUUUAUUAGAUAAGCCGUAUCAUUCAUAUUAAAAACCACUUGGAGCUUGUAUUUUGAAUUUAACAUUAACCAUAACAAUAACAAUAACGUUAACUAUAACAAUUACUAUAAAAAUGUUAACAUGGACCCCGAAAAGAGAAUGUUACACUGUCCUCUGUAAAUAACCAUAUAUAUAUAUACGUACAUUUAAUAUUAUAAUUAAUGCUAUUUAUAGACCUACUCUACCCUAAGCAAUUGUUGACAAGUGCUUUAAGUUUAAACGCCUUUUUGUCCUUAAAUUAGCAAUUAGUUACACAUGAAGGAUUUCUGCUUAUUUUCCUGUAAACUAGAUACGAUAAUUAAUUAAUUUCUUACUUUAUUAAAUUUUAAGUAUAGUCCACAAUUUUGCAAGUUUAAUAAAUUGACACACGA